CCCUGACUUCACAUCAACAAGUCAGGAACGAUAGAAAUUUGAUGCCAAAGGUUAUUGAUUCGAUUAUGUGGCUGAUACUUUUGGCCCUCGUGCUGCUGCCCCUUGUGGCAGCCAGAGCCAGUCCCCGAACGGCGCUGUACCGUGUCCCCCUGCAUCGGUUUCCCACGGCACGGAAUCGCUUCGUGCAGUUUGGCAUACGGAUGGAUCGAUUGCGGCUCAAGUACAGCGGCGUGGGCGAGAGAGGUCGGUCGUGGGGUCGCUGGGAGGUGAGGAGCGAGCCGCUGAGCAACUAUCUGGAUGCCCAGUACUUUGGGCCCAUUAGCAUCGGCAGCCCGCCGCAGACCUUUAAGGUGAUCUUCGACACGGGAUCCUCGAACCUGUGGGUGCCCUCCACCAGCUGCGCCCCCACCAUGGUGGCCUGCAUGGUGCACAGUCGCUACAACGCGCGCGAGUCGAGCAGCCAUCGCCGGAACGGAGUACACUUCGCCAUCCACUACGGCAGCGGGAGCCUGGCUGGGUACCUCUCCAGCGACACGGUGCGAGUGGCUGGCCUGGAGAUCCGCAAUCAGACAUUCGCAGAGGCCACCAUAAUGCCGGGGCCCAUCUUCCUGGCAGCCAAAUUCGAUGGCAUUUUCGGGCUGGCCUAUCGCAGCAUCUCCAUGCAGGGCGUGCAGCCGCCGUUCUACGCGAUCAUGGAGCAGAAGCUCCUCAGCAGCCCCGUGUUCAGUGUGUACCUCAACAGGCGGCAGGAGGACAGAGAGGGCGGAGCCCUGUUCUUCGGGGGAUCCAAUCCGAGGUACUAUCGGGGCAACUUCACCUACGUGCCGGUGAGCCAUCGCGCCUACUGGCAGGUGAGAAUGGAGGCGGCCAACAUGAAGGAUCUGCAGCUGUGCCAGCAUGGCUGCGAGGUCAUCAUCGACACGGGCACCUCCUUCCUGGCCCUGCCCUACGAGCAGGCGAUUCUCAUCAACGAGUCGAUAGGCGGCACGCCCUCCGACUACGGCCAGUACAGUGUGCCCUGCGACAAGGUGCCGCAGCUGCCACGCCUAACCCUACGCAUCGGCAGUCGCCAGUUCUCCCUGGACGGGCGGGACUACAUUUUCCGCGACAUCUACCAGGAUCGCGAGAUCUGCUUCUCGGCGCUCAUCGGCGUGGAUCUGCCCUCGCCCAGCGGCCCCCUGUGGAUACUCGGGGACGUUUUUCUGGGAAAAUAUUACACGGAAUUUGAUAUGGGCAACCAUCGCAUAGGUUUUGCCGAUGCCAGGAGCUGACUCAACUACUUGUUGUGCUCUUUGCUCUUUGAUGCGGAAUGGGAUACCCUCUGUUGCUUCUCCUUUGUUUCGUUAAUAUAUUUCUAUAUUUU